GAUCAGUGGUGGUUCUAUUGUAAGUGCUGAGGCAGUAUGGGAUCACGUCACCAUGGCCAACCGGGAGUUGGCGUUUAAAGCAGGAGACGUUAUCAAGGUCCUGGAUGCUUCCAACAAGGACUGGUGGUGGGGUCAGAUUGAUGACGAAGAAGGAUGGUUUCCCGCCAGCUUCGUGAGGCUAUGGGUGAACCAAGAGGACGGCGUGGAGGAAGGAACCAGCGAAGUGCAGAAUGGCCAUUUGGACCCAAGCGCCGACUGCCUCUGUCUCGGCAGGACCCUCCAGAACCGAGACCAGAUGAGAGCCAAUGUCAUCAACGAAAUCAUGAGCACAGAGCGUCAUUAUAUCAAGCACCUCAAGGACAUUUGCGAGGGUUAUUUAAAGCAGUGCCGGAAGAGGAGGGAUAUGUUCAGUGAUGAGCAGCUGAAGGUCAUCUUUGGCAACAUUGAAGAUAUCUACAGGUUCCAGAUGGGUUUUGUCCGGGACUUGGAGAAACAGUACAACAAUGAGGACCCCCACCUCAGUGAAAUUGGACCAUGUUUCCUGGAACAUCAAGACGGGUUCUGGAUCUAUUCGGAGUACUGUAACAAUCACUUGGAUGCCUGCAUGGAGCUUUCCAAGCUGAUGAAGGAUGGCAGGUACCAGCAUUUCUUCGAAGCGUGCCGUCUGUUGCAGCAGAUGAUUGAUAUUGCCAUAGAUGGUUUCCUUCUGACGCCGGUGCAGAAGAUCUGCAAAUACCCCUUGCAGCUAGCAGAGUUGCUGAAGUACACGGCACAGGACCACAGUGACUACAGGUAUGUGGCUGCCGCACUCGCAGUCAUGAGGAAUGUGACUCAACAGAUCAACGAGCGGAAGAGGAGGCUGGAGAACAUCGACAAGAUAGCGCAGUGGCAGGCCUCUGUCCUGGACUGGGAGGGAGACGAUAUCUUGGACCGCAGCUCUGAGUUGAUCUACACAGGGGAGAUGUCCUGGAUUUACCAGCCUUAUGGACGGAACCAGCAGCGCGUUUUCUUUCUCUUCGAUCACCAGAUGGUUCUCUGCAAGAAGGACCUGAUACGAAGAGAUAUCCUGUAUUACAAAGGUCGCAUAGACAUGGAUAAGUACGAGGUGGUGGAUAUAGAGGAUGGGAGAGAUGAUGACUUCAAUGUCAGCAUGAAGAAUGCCUUCAAACUUCAUAACAAGGAGACUGAGGAAAUGCACUUAUUCUUUGCCAAGAAACUGGAGGAGAAGUUGCGAUGGCUCCGAGCUUUCAGAGAAGAGAGGAAGAUGGUACAAGAAGAUGAAAAGAUAGGCUUUGAAAUUUCUGAAAAUCAAAAGCGGCAAGCGGCAAUGACAGUAAGGAAAGUCAGUAAGCAAAAAGGUGUGAGCUACUCCAGGUCGGUUCCUCCAGCCUACCCACCACCCCAGGAUCCAUUAAAUCAGGGACAGUACAUGGUGACAGAUGGCAUAUCCCAGGCCCAGGUCUUCGAGUUCACCGAACCCAAACGCAGCCAGUCACCAUUCUGGCAAAACUUCAGCAGAGAGUGAGAAUGAGACAUCCAUAAUUUUUAUGAGAAGAUGCUUCCUAAAUAUUCAGCACUAGGAAAAAAGCAACACCACCGCCACACCAUUAUUUGCAUCAUAAAUCAAGACUCGCUUGAUCUGACAAGGCCACUUGUUGGACUCGCAGCUCCUUUCUUAAGCGGCAAGCCAGACCACAUAGCGCUGCUGCCAGCCCGUGCCCCAGCCGGGCGGCUGGCCAGGCACGUGCGGGCG